AUGAAGACAAAUCAAUUACGAACAAUCAAUUUACUGACAUGCUUAAUUAUAUUUCAUUUGAUAAUCAAUUAUUGGGAUUUGACACAAGCGCGAAGAUCAACAUCAUCAAGGAACACAAUAGUAAAACAUAAUACUAUUCACAAAACUAUACAUACACAUUCUUAUAGGCAACCUGCAAGAAUUCCUCAACAUAAUCAACAACAACAAAUACCUAAACAAUAUAAUUCCACAUAUAAUUAUCUACAAAAUAUACAACCAUUAUAUACUAUUAAAAGGCAAAUAAAAGGAGAUAAGAUUAGAGAAGAAUCUCAAUCAUUUGAUAGAUAUCCUACUUUACAUGAACCAUAUAAAAGAUUAAAUAAUUAUCAACAAUAUAAUAAUUACUUAAAUGAACAGGUACCGAUUGAUGAACAAGUUGGAUAUCUAUUACCACUUGGAGAUUAA